AUGUUUCGGGCCAACAUUCUUUUCAGGAUAUGUCUCGGCAUUAUAUUUAUCGCCACUACACUUAGUCUAAAAAGCUCAGCUAUCCCCACCGAAGCGGAUAUAGAACCGCGGCAAGACCAGGCUGAUGUGACAGCUGGAACCGAGGCACCUGUCCUUGAACCUGCGGCUCCUGUGGAUGUAGCAGCAGCUCCUGCGAUUGAAGCUUCAGCUCCUGUGGAUGCAGCAGCGGCUCCAGUGGAUGUAGCUGCAGCUCCUGCGUUUGAAGCUUCAGCUCCUAUAGUUGAUAGCCAAGUUGCCGCUGUUGAUAACGCACUCGAUUCAGAGGUCGAAGCACUCAGUGAUGAUGAUGAUGAUGAUGAUGACAAGAAAUCCAAGGACAAUAAAUCCAAGGAUCAGAAAUCCAAGGAUACGGGAUCUUGCAGCGUGGAUUCAAUGAAUCUUCCCUCUGAUGCGGCAAAAGUUUUGCCACCUCCAAGCAACGGUCUAAAGCUCCGCAUCAUUACGGUGGGUCGUGGUACGCAAAACUAUAGCUGUACAAAUGAAAAUGGCAAGACCGAGCCCAUCGCCCUAGGUGCAAAGGCCACGCUCUUCGACACUAGCUGCACUGCUUCCAAAUCUCCUCAACAGUUCGCCGGAUUUGCGCGCUCAGCCUUGGACUUCGACGGCUCAACUGACAGUGCACAAUUUCUGGAUGGCACACGACCCGCUGUUGCGGCUCAACAUUUCUUUUCCGCCCGCAAGACUGCUGAUUUCGACUUUUCUAACGCCGCCAGCAACAAGCUUGGCCAUUUCCAAGUUGUCCUUGAUAAGGCUUCACCUGCCCCACCUGGAUCCCAGGUCGGUAAAAAUAAUGUAGGAGACGGAGCCGUUCCUUGGCUCAGAGCUAUUGGUACAGACAUCGGCACCGGUGCCAAAGUCGAGAUUUAUCGUCUACACACGGCCGGCGGAAAUCCCAGCAAAACCUGCGAUGGCAAACCCGAAAAUUUUGAGGUUCAAUAUGCAGCUGAAUAUUGGGUAUUCCAAUGA